AUGCACGAGUUUCGCGGCAGCCUGAUGCAAGCCGAAAUCGAGUCUAUUUGGCCCUAUCCUCAUACAAAGUGGCACCGUGACAACCUGGCCGGCUCAGCAGGCUGGGCAGCUAUCACUGAUGAUCCUAUGUCCGAGUCGGAGUUAUACAUAGCCCUGUCCGGUGCUCCGCAAGACGAUAUUCCCUUCUACUCCGAAACUUUCUCCAUUGACGAAUGCCCCAUGCCCGCUCAAUCUGACCCGGCACUCCUUUCAUCUCUCCCUCCCACCCCACCAUCCAGUCAAGUCAAUCCUCCCACAGCAGUUUCACAGCCACAACCACACCGUCUCAGUCCCAUGUCCAAAAAGCCAGAUCGUAGUUCACCCUGCUGUUCUGCUCAUGAGCGCAUGCUUCAUCAACAGCUCUCACGCGGCGCCAGUAUCAAUAUUCAGAACGCCAGCGGCCAGACCCCGCUGCAUAUCGCUGCUCAACAAGGCAGCCUUGGCACUGUACGGCUCUUACUCGCCUCGAAUAUGAUCGACGUGAACGUUCAGGACCGAUGCGGAGCCACUGCAUUGCAUCUGGCGAGUGAGAACGGGCAUGUUGCGGUAGUGAGCUUGUUAGUGGCACAUAAUGCCCGAUUGGAUGUAAGGGCAACAAGCGUGUGA